CGAUCCUCCCACCCAGCAUGUGUGCGUGGUUUGAUUCCUGGAAAGUGAAUACAGUACCGCAUCAUCCAGCAACAACUUUCUCGCAGGACGAGUGAUGCUUUUAUCGUCCAACAUACAAGCUUAAGAUGUGAUUUUCCUUCACGAAUUUUCUACCAGGAGCUUGGGGAUUUUUAUGCAUGAAUAGAUGCAGAACAUGAUUCCUCAUCAUCCUUCAGAGAAGUGACUGUUCCAGCCAGGUCCAUUGAGAGAGGACAAUGGCCCUGAGCGACGCCAGUGAUGACCCUCUGGCGCCUAUCAGUGAAGGACACCAUCCUCUCGACGCCAAUGGAAAUGCACCUUCAAGCACCAGUCCAGCAGAUAGCAACAACCAGGAACCUAUCACAGCUGCCCCCGGUGGCGAGGAAGGCCUCACCGGCAACAGAGAUGACGAUGUUGCAGCUAAGAAUGCAGCAUGUCGGCAGCUGCAGAAGAUGCCCAGAUCACAUAGUGCCCAGAAAACAAACAGGCCGACCCAAAACGGUGGCGUCGUCAAACAGAACGGCUCCCUCCGGACGCUGCCUCUUCCCAAUGCCACCCCACCUCCCCCAGCUGUCACAGACUCGCAAAGGCUAGCGCAACACCAACUCCCUGCCACUCUCUCCCCAACCGCAUCCUCCCCUCCCAUCCAGCCUUCACCCCUCUGCUGCCAGCAAUGUCACUUCCGCUCCACCUUGUGCUGCCCGUGUGUUCAGCAGGAGUGCCCUCUUUUCCCCAGCCCAGGAACAGUCCAUGGGCCUGGCAUGGUUGCUCACACUGGGAGCCCCCCAACCUGCUCUUGUUGCCCACCUUCCUGCACUUACUCACACCCCCAUUGUUCGCAUCCGUCCACCGCACUUUGUCUGCAUCACCAUCACCAGCCCUGGCAGGAGCACCUCCAGAGUCCAACACAUCCAGCUGUAAUCAGCCCUGCACGGCCCUUUCGAUUCCCCAAAAGCUAUUCUGAGCUGAUCGCUGAUUGGCCAGUGGUGGUGCUCGGUGUUUGCACAGUGCUAAUUGUCGUGUGUGCCCUGGUGGGUAUCCUGGUUCCUGACCUUCCUGAUUUCUCUGACCCUCUGUUGGGUUUCGAGCCUCGAGGAACUGCCAUCGGCCAGAGGUUGGUCACGUGGAACAACAUGGUGAAGAACACGGGCUACAAAGCCACGCUGGCCAACUAUCCCUUCAAAUACGCUGACGAGCAGGCGAAAAAUCACCAAGAGCCCAAGUGGCCAGAAGACCACUUUGACCGGGAGAAACGGCAUGCAGAGUGGGACUUCAGUAAGGAGUUUUUCUGCGAUGUGCCUGGUGCCAGCUACUCAAGGCUGGUGUUCUCUUCAGCUGAGGGGAAGAACCUGUGGAGUAUUCAGGCCAUCAAAUCCAUGUGCAAUCUGGACAACACUAGGGUGCGCUCUCACCGUGACUACUGGAGCCUCUGUCAGCGCACCAACGACGCUUCAUGUUGCCCCAGUUGGACACUGGGUAACUACAUCGCUGUCCUAGCAAAUAGGUCGUCCUGCCAGGUGAUCACCGAGCGCGACGUAUCGCACACGCUCAAGAUCUUACGCUCGUGUGCCAAGUACUACCACAACGGCACACUGGGACCAGAUUGCUGGGACAUGUCCCUGAAACGCAAGGACCAGCUCAAGUGUGGCAACGUACCUCGGAAGUGCACCAAGUACAACGCUGUUUACCAAAUACUGCACUUCUUGGUUGAUAAGGACUUCCUCAGUGCGAAGAGCCUGGAAUAUCCUCCGCCUGUGCUCAAGCACAGCAUGCUCUUCUCGCCCACUGAGAAAGGGGAAUCGAUGAUGAACAUUUACUUGGAUAAUUUUGAGAACUGGAACUCGUCAGACGGCAUCACCACAGUCUCUGGGAUCGAGUUCGGCAUCAAGCAUGACCUUUUUCAGGACUACCUCCUAACGGACACGGUGUACCCUGCGAUCGCCAUUGUGAUAGUCCUGCUGGUCAUGUGUGUGUACACACGCUCAGUUUUCAUCACUCUCAUGACGAUAAUAGCCAUCAUUAGCUCCCUCAUCGUGUCCUACUUCCUCUACCGCAUGGUUUUCGACUUUGAGUUUUUCCCCUUCAUGAACCUCACGGCUCUUAUCAUCCUGGUGGGGAUCGGUGCCGACGACGCUUUCGUGCUUUGCGACGUAUGGAAUUACGCCAAGUUAGAUAAGCCCCACGCGGAGCUGGCAGAGACGGUCAGCGUGACUUUGCAGCACGCCGCCUUGUCGAUGUUCGUCACCAGCUUUACCACCGCCGCUGCUUUUUACGCCAACUACGUCAGCAACAUCACUGCCAUACGCUGUUUUGGCGUCUACGCAGGUACGGCCAUCUUGGUCAACUAUAUCCUCAUGGUGACGUGGCUCCCAGCUGUGGUGGUGCUACACGAGCGCUACCUACCAAACGUGUUGCCCUGCUCCAAGCCUACACACCAGCAAACUGGGUACUGCAUCCAGAUGUUUGUGUCAGGUCUUUGUCAGAAAGUGAACAAAUGCCUAUUUAGUGUCUCGGAAGCCUCCAGAAUCUUCUUUGAGAAAGUUCUCCCCUGCAUUGUCAUCAAGCUGCGCUACCUCUGGCUCUUUUGGUUCCUCGCUCUCACUGUGGGCGGGGCCUAUGUGGUUUGCGUCAACCCAAAGAUGAAGCUGCCGUCGCUGGAACUGGCCGAGUUUCAAGUGUUCCGUUCUUCGCACCCUUUCGAGCGCUACGACGCAGAGUACAAGAAGCUUUUCAUGUUUGAGAGGGUGCACCAUGGAGAGGACCUCCACAUGCCGAUCACCAUCAUCUGGGGCGUCACGGCUGUGGACAAUGGGGACCCACUGAAUCCCAAAAACAAGGGGAAGUUGAUGCUAGACAGCAGCUUCAACAUCGCCAGUCCCGCAUCUCAGCUGUGGAUCCUCAGCUUCUGCCAGAAGCUUCGGAACCAGAGUUUUGUCUUUCAGUCGGACGAGCAGGACUUCACCAGCUGCUUCAUUGAGACGUUCAAGCAGUGGAUGGAAAAUCAAGACUGCGAGGAGGCGUCUGUCUACCCCUGCUGCAGUCAGUCCAUCUUCCCCUACAAGCAGGACGUCUUUGAGCUGUGCAUCAAAAGGGCCAUCAUGGAGCUGGACCGCAGUACGAGCUACCACCUGGACAGCAACACCCCCGGGCCUCGAUUUGAUAUCAAUGACACCAUCAAGGCCAUUGUUUUGAAGUUUCGGAGCACCUUUCCCUUCACGCUGGCCUAUGAGAAGAUGCACCAGUUCUAUUAUGAGGUGGACGCUUGGAUCACAGAGGAGCUGAGCCACGCUCCAGCCGGCCUCAGUCACGGCUGGUUUGUCAGCAACCUGGACUUCUUCGACCUUCAGGACAGUCUGUCUGAUGGCACUCUAAUUGCCAUGGCACUUUCGGUGGCUGUGGCCUUCAGCGUCAUGCUCCUAACCACCUGGAACGUCAUCAUCAGUCUAUACGCCAUCCUGUCCAUUGCCGGCACCAUUUUUGUCACCGUGGGCUCCCUGGUGCUUCUUGGCUGGGAGCUUAACGUCUUGGAAUCUGUCACCAUUUCCGUGGCAGUGGGGCUGUCCGUGGACUUCGCCGUCCAUUACGGCGUGGCUUACAGGCUCGCUCCGGAGCCAGACCGCGAAGGGAAGGUCAUUUUCUCCCUCAGCCGGAUGGGCUCUGCCAUCGCUAUGGCCGCCCUUACCACCUUCGUUGCCGGGGCCAUGAUGAUGCCCUCAACUGUUCUAGCCUACACCCAGCUGGGCACUUUCAUGAUGCUGAUCAUGUGCAUUAGCUGGGCUUUCGCCACCUUCUUCUUCCAGUGCAUGUGCCGUUGCCUGGGACCACAGGGUACCUGUGGCCAGAUCCCUCUGCCCAAAAAGCUGCAGUGUCAGGCUUUUUCUGAGGGCACAAACACGGGUCCUUCAUCCCAAGGGAAGAGCCCCGGCCUGGGGAAAUAUCAGUUGGAUGGCAGGGACGGCGACGCAGAGCAUUACGAGUUGGAGCCGCUGGCGUCGGGUGAUAAAACCGAAGACAACACUCGAGAGGAUCCUGAGGUUUGUGCUCAGCUUUGCAAUGGAAUACCUCCGCACGCUCAGAAUAACAGGAAUACAAAGACAGAAAACAGUCUUGUCGCCUCAAGGUGCCAGUACACACAAAACACAAAAUGUUCAUGUGGGGAACCCCCUCCACAGUGGACGCUCCAAGACUCGCACCCCGUGCCAGUUGCAGGAAAGCAUCCAAACAAACUGUUAGCAAAAUUCCCGGGUCCGGUCUGCGCACGCAUGGAUUGCUGCAUGCACUACGUUCCCUAUCCACACUUGCACAGCUGCAGCUCGAGAAGAGGACUAUACCCCAGACAAGCGCCUGCACUCUGCUGCCACCUCAAGAAGUACUGUGUUCACAUUGCAAACACGCAGACCGCUCCAGAACAUAGACCCUUAGCCUCCAACCAGCACACAGCCCAAUCUCCUGGCUCUAUGAAUGGCUCGGAGCCUAAAACACAAGAGCCCGAUCAGAACCUAGAAGUGCCAAGCACCCCAAGACAGACUCUGUACUUGCAUCAUCAAGGACUAAAACCCAAAGACCCUGGUCACUGUAACCAUACAUCCACCAUUACCCCCCAAACCCCAGCAAAAGUGGCUAUACGGUGCCAAACCCCUGGCGAUUGUGAGGGUGACGCCGCCACUCGGGAGGAAAGUGCCAAAAAGUACAAGCAGAACUCGAAACGGGGGAAGAAACUGUACUGUUUUAACCGGGCCUUGAAGGUCAAGUGCAACUCAGCUUCGGAGUUCAACGUGCCAAAAAGUGAAACGACUUUGCCUCCCGUUGCAAUAAACAACAGUCGCUCUUCUGAAAGCUUAUGCUAAGGAUAAUACACACAGAAAAUCCACAGUAAUGGUGCCACAUACACUUUCACUGACCCUUGCACACUUUUGCUAACAUGGUGUUCAAUAUACCGUGGGGCCCGCUUAUGUCGAUAACCCGUCUGUCGCCCAAAUCAUCAAAUCCUGGUCCAUCGUGUUUUUAUUGCUAAAAAGUGCCCAAUUAAGUCUACAAAAUUUGAAAAAAUGUAUCCAUUUAUGUCGACAUGCGUUGUCGUAUUAACUUCAUCAAUAUCACCACAUUAAAACAGUUUCAAGUUUGGUUACUGUAUGUCGACAACUGCUUAUAUCUACGUUAGACAGCUGGUCUGAGGGCCGUCGACAUAAACGGGUUCCACUGUGCACUUUUGUUAACACGGUGUUCAAUGUUUUGCAGAUAUUUGCACAGGCAGAAAACCAUUGUACAGCUUCUUUGCUAUGAAAUGAUCAAUAAAUGAUUGAAUGCAAUAACCAGUCAUCUAUUACAGAUAUGUACCGUGCUGAAAAUAAAUAUUUGAUCCCCUGCUGCCGCCUUCCCAAGGAAGGUAGGUUUAUUGUAACAGAAAGAGAAUGUAAAAGAAAACCCAUUCAAUUAGGGUUUAUAAAGGACUUUGUAUUUGAUUGAGGGAAAUACGUGUUUGAUCCCCGACCAACCAGCAAGCAUUCUGACCCCCACAGACCAGUUAUGUACCCAUGAAUCACACACACACGUAAAUCCUGUUCCUUUUCAGAAAGUACUCCUAAUCUCAACGCAUAUUGUGGAUCAAAGACAUCUUUCGCAGAACUGCAUCCUCUCCACCAACAUGCUGUCGAAAGGGACAAGAUCGCAGAGCCGCACAAGACUGGAACUCCAAGAAACACCCAAGUUCAAAGUCCCAUUUUGCUUUGGGAUCAAAUACUUAUUUCAGCCGAUCAAAUCGAAAUUCAUUUAUAACCUUGAUUUACUCGCGAUUAAAACGCUCUGGCCGUCUUAGUCAGUUUAUCAGCAGAGGCCGCAGACCAUAAAAUGCAUCCAGGCUGGAUUCUGUAAUUGUAAUAUACACACACAAAGAGUAUACGGUAAUUGCCUCGUAAAUGCCGGCGCCGCCUUUGCCACGUGUCUGGCCUCAAGUCAUUGGGAGUGUGGCUUCAGUUUACUUAUAUGUU